GAAAUUGCUGAAACCGUAGUAGCAUGUGUUAAAGUAGGAAUUACAAAACUAUUUGGUUGCACGACUGGUAACAUGCCUGGCUUCGGUAGAAAUUAGUUUCAUGAACUCAAUCAAUUAUGGUAAUUACUAAGUUCUGGUUAGCCUUCCCCCAAAGUGAGCUAAAAUAGACCCCAAAAACAAAACAUUCUCAGCCAUUUGAACUCCCCUCGAGUACGUCGUGUGACAAACAUUUAUCGGGGGCUCUCCUGGAAUAGUUCCUGCUAGAUCAUCCUGUUCCAUUUUUUCGAUAGCAAAUCUUCACCGAUACAUAGCGCACAAGCACCGACAGUCACCUCUUCCUCCCCAAAGAUGAGAGACAUAACAGAGACAGAUGGAAGAGAAAAGAAAAGACAGAAAAAAGAGGGACACCCAGAGCCCUCCGGGAAUUGGGAUCGGUGUCAGUUUUAUGUGCAAAGAAAAAAGCGUUUUUGCAAGCAGCGGCCAGCGGAUGGAAAAAAAUACUGUGGAAACCAUCAGCACCUAGAAGAACAAGACGUAUCUUGUUCGACAGUUGGAAAAAAAAAGAAAAUUCGGAAAAGAAUUCCUUGUCCAAUAGACCCAUCACAGUAAGACUUUUAAUGUAUAUUUCAACCUGCCUGUUUGGAUUCGACAUUUCUCGUUGUCGAGUCGACAAAAUGGCAUGCAUUUGUCUUAUGCUCACUGAUUUUCAAAUUCCUUACCACACAGUACGAUUUUUGAGGACAAUCUCAAAAAACAUAUCUUGAUCUGUCCUCGAGCCAAAGAGAAGAAACGCCAGGAGAAGGAGCCGUACUUUUUAGAAAAUGUGAACUGUGGGGGUUACGGUCGACUAGAUGUUACCGAACAAGUAACACCAAUUUCUCAGUCUAAAUUGGGAUUCGAGCCAGGCACUUCUACCUGGGCUCAGCGUAUCGCUCGUCGGGUUCUGCGAGCUCAUCAGUCAAUUUUUAGGAAUGACAAUACCUGUGAUAUUUCGGCCUUGACGUGCCAAGAUAUUCACGAUGCAAUCGAAGUGAAAGACUUGUCUCGACCAGAAAUAGAUGCAGGGAUAGAGGCAGGAUUUUUAUCGCAUCAUGUCAAGAGUGGAGGUAUUCAACACACGACACAAAUCGCUAGUUUAAUCGGUCAUUUGAAACAAAUGGGUCUUUUCGACCGACAGAAUGAGAAGGAAAAUUCUGCUUCUCAUUCUGCUGUCGCUACGGAUGCUCGCGACUCUUCGUCUCCAUCGGCCCAAAAUUCACCUUUGGUAAUCCUUGAAAUGGGCGCCGGUCGUGGUAUGUUCGGAUUGGCAGCUGCAGGUGUGGCAAAUGUGUGUGGAGCAAAUACACAUUUUUUCAUGUUGGAUCGAGCGGGUGCCCGAUCAAAAGCCGACAAAGCAUUCCGCAACAUUCCGAAGAACGUUUGCACCGACAAGCCCUACCUAAAGCUUGAUGGUAUUGACUGGUGCCGACUCUGUUGUGACGUUUCCCAUGUGAACCUACCGGUAGUCCUUCACAGAGAUGAGAAAUUUAAGAAUGCCAAAAUUGUUGUUAUCGCAAAACAUCUUUGCGGAGCGGGAACUGAUUUGGCACUAAAAGCUAUUGAACCUAUUCGUCAAAAGGUUACUGGAUGUCUGUUUGCUACCUGCUGCCAUGGAGUCUGUGAUUGGAAGCAUUAUGUCGGGCGAGAUAUUCUCCGUGGGGUCAUGGAAGGCGAGGAGUCCAAUGAUGAAGCUAGCAAGGUUCCGUCGUUUGGACCAUUGGAAUUCGAUUUGCUUCGUCGUUGGAGCGCAGCCACAGUGGCAACCAGAGGAGGAAAAUCGAAAGGCACUUCCAAUACGAUGGAGUCUUUGGUUGUAGAUAAUGACAUGGAUCACACAAACCCAAUUUUUGAAAACAAUAGAAACCAUGACGCAAAAAAUAUGGAAACCAGCAUAUCAGCCGUUGUUGAAAGACUGGAUUUGUCGUGUACUAUUCAAGGGUUGGGUCGUGCAUGCCAACGACUGAUUGAUUUCGGAAGGUCCAAAUAUAUUGAUCAAAUUAUUUUUGAAACCAAAGACGACAAAACGGUGGUCAACAAAUUGAACUAUUAUGUCAACUCCGAUAUCACACCUCAAAAUGUGAGUACUCGUGUAAUAUUUGUGACCGUCAAGCGAUGAAUAUGUCUCGAACCACCUACCGUUACCCUUGAACUUCUUUUUAAUAUUUUCGUCCCAUUCAUAUCCGUACUAUGAUAUUUACAGGCUUUUCUCCAAGCAUAUCGAAAGCCCCAACACGCUGAAGAAUAAAGUGAAAUUUACCUCUUCCCAAAUUUCCUGUUGAAUGUUACUUCGUCAAGAAGCUAAGAAAGCCAAGAAAGGGAUGACGCAAGAACAUUGGUUUGUUUAACGCAUGGAUCCUGAAGCACUUAAAAUGCUUAUUUUGUAGAAUAUCUUUAGAAGUUUAGAAUAUAUCAAUGUAAUUUAUGUUUCAUGAAUACUGGUACAACGCUAGGAGAAAACGAAAAAACGAGAUAUUUCAGGUCUUUCUUAAAAGUCCAAAAAACUUUGAUUCGCCCUAGGCGAUUUCAUCUUAUUGAAGUCGAAUUCUUCGCUGCCAGAGAAAGAUGGCUCGCCGUAAGAGAUUUCUUCCACAGUCUCAUUGUUAUUCGCACUCGUUGUGCCUGCGUAUUGGAACGUUCUGGGCCUCCUCUUGAACAUGACGAAUAUGAAGAUCCCCAUGACCGCGAUGGUGAACAUUAAUAUUCCAAAACUCUUGAAAAAGUUCGAAACGCUGUCUGCGUAAAUAGCUUUCACGUUAUUCGUCCAGGACGUAAAGAAAGUUGUUCCACUGCAGUAUGGCGUAUUGGCUCCUCCGUAGUCGUACGUGUUUUGGUAAAUACUUGACUUUAUCCCGACUGAUAGCUUAGGAUAAAACACAGGAUUGUAAUAGCCACCAACUUCAUUACUAUCUUCGUCCCAGUAAAAACUAGAUUUGAUGCGGUACUUCCCUGCCGCUGGACAAACACUUCCAUCCAAUGAUUUUAGAGAGCUGAGGGAACAUAGAUCGGCGUUAUCGAGCACUUGCUGGUUUCUUUCGUACCACCCAAUACUACCUUCUGCUUUUAUAUCAAGAACAGGUUGUCCAUUGAUGUUGAUAUUUUCGGCGUCGUUGAUGUAAAAGUCGAUCAAGAAUUUACCCUUGUCGCCCGAAGUACAAUUUUGACUGUUUCGAUAUUUUCCGCUUCCGUAAUAAAAGGUCCCAGGGCUAUCGCAAUAGAUUUGUACGUCCUGAACUUCAAUUGAUGUAUCAGAACACACAGAGAAUCCGUUGUUGUUAUAAGCACUGCCAUUGUCAUUGCCAUUGUCAUUGCCAUUGCCAUUGUUAUUGGCGUUGUUGUUGUUGUUGUUGUUGUUGUUGUUGUAGUACUUGUUGUAAUUGCCGUUGUCUUCCGCACCAACAAGAACGGUCGAUGCUAGACACGAUGCACAGAAUAAGAUAGUUUUCAUUUU